AUGCCGCCGAAGAUGUCGCACAAAUUGACCAUCGUGGAGCGCCUAGCUCGUCUGGUCUGGGUGCUCGCCUUCGACGAACUGGCCGAUAACUACUGGCCCGAGCGUGUGCUAUGGGAGCCCCUUGGGGGCGCGCGGUGUAUCAUAGUGACCCACCACCUCGACCUGCACGACGGGGACCUUGAGGAGGCCUUGGGUUUGAGGUCAGUCGGGCCGCGCGGCGGCAUCGGCAAGGUGUACGGGAGGCUGCGGCGCACCGACAUGGACGAGUUCGAACGUCGACGGCUUGAGCUUCUUCGGGCUGCCCGCGAGUGUGCUGAGCAGAUUCGUGCCGAGGAGGGUCUUCCUGCUCCUGGCGACGGCGGCCCCAUGUUUUUGGGUGACGCUGCCGCCGGCGAUCCUGCCGGAACCGGACUUCCACCACUUCCUGCUCCUGCUGGUCCGCCGGCUUUCGGCGCGGGCGACUCGGGGGAUGCCUUUCGGAACUGGGAGGUCACCGAGGCCCGAGACGGCUAUGAAAUCGACGACCUCAUCUCGAGGGUGAGGGCCAAGGUGGGCUUCGGCGAUCGAGGCGUGCCUGAGCUGUCUGACGGGGGCUCGUUGGCGGUGGCGCUGACCGGCACCACGUCGCGGCCAACGCCACGCGACCACGACGACAUCAGGACUCUGGCGGUGAAGGUCGACAGCCUCGGAGAUCGGAGCAGACCGUUCCCAGGCGCGGUGAACGCGAUGCAGCUCAUGAGCGUCGAGGGCUGGCCUAUCGUUGGUCUUCGUACUUGCUUGUGGUUGCUCAUGCAGUUCGUCAAGCUGAACUUCACCCCGAUGCAGAGGUACCACUGGUGGCGCCAGAUCCUUGGCUUGUCUGUUGAGGAUGCGGAGGUGUGCCCGCCCAGCCUCGUGUUCUUCGAGAUGGUGUGCUGGAGGUGCCAGCUGUGGGAGGAGGUUAAGGAAGCCGCGAUCCUGAAGGAAAGGAGGGAGGGCCGGGAGGAGAAGCUCCUGGCCGCUGGUGCGGGUCCUGCCAGGGCCGCCUCUCCGGCACUGCACGCCUACACGGGCGUUCAGGAAGGCGCCAACCCCUCUGGUCAGCCGAAACCCAUGAAGAAGCCCAAGAAGCCGAAGACGGCUCCCAAGGGCGCCGAGGGCACGGGCUACGCGCCACAUUUCUCGGGGGAGGCACCCGUGGACUACCCGGUGCUGCAGUUUUGCGUCAAGGACAUUGUCGACUCGUCUCACGACCUGCUUCCGAUCCCACUGGCUGUUGGACUGGAUUCAGUAUUGUAUGGCUCGGGCCCGCUCGGGCUGUCACCUGCAGCCCAGCGCCGAAGUGCAAAGCGUGAUCGACAGAAUCGCUGGUUGCGAGAUGGUCUGCGUAGUUUGAGCGCGCUGGGAGGUCAGGGGCGACGAGUUGCUACAGAUGCGGCGCUCACAGAGGCCCAACGCGUCGCUGUGCGCCGCCUUGCUGGCCUGUAUGGUUCGGUGAGCUUCCCAGAUUCGCACCGUGAUACCUAUGCUUCGUGGAAGGCGUUGCAGGGGCUUCGGCCGGGCUACGCUGAGUCCGAGUCGGAAGGUGGCAGGGCGGUCGACCAGCCGGGGAUGAUCUCGUUACCCUGUGGAGGUGCUGGCCGGGUCGACACGGGCUCGAUCGCGCCGGGGCCGCUGCUGAAGAUGCUGGGGGCUGGCCGCGGUGUACUGCGCGAACCUGCUGAAGUUCAAUCCUUGUUCGAAUCGCGCAAUGGUAACUUGCGCUAUCUCGACCCAAAGCUGGCGCGGAGGGGCUGCGACUUCGGCCGCUCUCUGUCGGGGCUGUCCGACGCGGGCGUGGUGGAGGUAGACCCUGGGAACGUCUUGGAUGAGAUUGGUUUAUUAUUCGUGCGGCGAAAAGACCACAAGCUUCGCUUGAUCGCUAAUGCUCGUGCUGCUAACCUUCACUUCGUCGAGCCUGCCUGCGCGGAGCUCGCUGGCCCGGGGGCCCUCGCCGCUAUCGAGUGUGACGGGCCCGACAUGAUAGGGUUCUGCUCUGGGGGCGUCGAGGCGUGCUUUUACCGGUAUGAGCUGCCUGAGCGGGCGAGGCGGUAUUUCACCUUGCCCGCGAUUAAGGCUCAGUGCUUGCUUGCUGCGCUGCGUGGUCGGUUGGGGCUGGCUCGCGACACUUCAGAGCUGAAGUCUCAAGUUCAGGUGCUCUACAUCGACAAUUUCGCCGUCGCCUCCGUCGACCGGGUGCGCGCCGAGGGGGCCGCCAAGGUCAUGCGCGAGGCGCUGGCCGAGCUCGGGGUCGCCAGCGCCAUCGAGGCUUGCGACGGCAGCAAGGCCGAGCUGCUUGGCAAGCCUAAGCGUUUUUGGCGGCUCAGGGGUGCUCUCGACUACCUGCUCGAGGCCAAGUGCAGGGAGGUCACAGGGCACGAGGUUGAGCGCGUCCUGGGGCACAUCAUGGCCGCGUGCAUGCUGAGGCGAGAGUCGCUUGCCGCGUUUUCCGCCUGCUACACCUUCGCGGAGACCUCUGGCCUGAAGCGCCAGCCGCUGUGGCCCAGCGCUCGACGCGAGCUCUUCUGGGCACGCUCACUGCUGCCUUGCGUCGUCGGCGAGAUGGGCAAGGCCUGGUCCUCGACGGUCACCGCCUACGACGCCUCGCCUUGGGGCUUUGGCGUCGUCGAGACGGAGUGGGAGCCUGCUGCCGUCGCCAGUCGCGGUCGACUCUCUGAGCGCGCUCGCUUCCGCGGGCCACUUGCUGCUGCUGGCGCCCCCCGGGAUCGCACCGUGGAGGCUGAGGUGGCGCAGGCUCCGGACGCCGCCCUGAUCCUGACCGGCCGGGCGUCGGAGUUCCCCGAGGUCAGCGCGAGGGCCCUGGCCGAGGCUACCUGGCGCGUGGUGGGCUGCGGGCGCCGGGGGGGCGCGAGGCCUCUCGUCGGCAUCAGCCGCCUGGGCUCACGCACGAGCGUGGGCGCUGGCGGCUCGGUUACCGAUCCCGCCGUCCACCUGGAGUUCAGGCUCAGGCCCAGCCGAAGGGGGGGGCAGUCGAUCCCGCUCGGCGCGCCGAGCGACCCGAGGCUCGGACAGCGCAGCGAGGGUGCCCACCUUGGGGCGCUGGGGCUCUGGUCGGCGGCCGCUGGCUUCGCAGCGCAGGCUCGGGCUGACCGAGCAGCGCGUCGACGUGGAGGUGCGGCGCCGGGUCGAGGAGAGCGGCAGCUAGUCUGCCCUCGCCUGCCCCGGCUGGCCGCCGAGAAGGUGAGGCUGAAUGCCCGGGCGAUUUACCUAGGCGUGCUGAAGGCCUGGCUCGCCUGGCUCCCCCUGGGCUGCCUCCCGGACUGGACGCGCGAGGACUGGGGCUGCACCCUGGUGGAGUUCGUGGAGUGGCUCUUCGACAAAGGCGGGGCUGCUGCGACUGCGAAGCGAGUCGGCCCCGCCCUGCUCUGGGGAGAUCCUCGCCUCGCUCUGGGAUCCUUGCGGACCACCUUCCCGGUCCUGCAGCAGGCGCUGAAGGGCCGGGUCCAGCGACGACCCGAGUUCUCGCGCCCUCUGCUGCCCCGGGUGGUGGUGGCCGCUGGGGCCCGAGAGCUGCUCGACCUCAACAUGUGCAUGGCAGCGCUCGGGGUCAUGAUAAUGUUCGAAACCUACAUGUGCCCCGCCAAGCUGCUGGCGCUCCUGACCGAGCACGUCGCGCUGCUCCCGGGCGAGGCGGGGGCCGCCCGCUGGCUGACCUUCGUCAUCCGGGCGCAGGAAGCGUUGGUGCCGUCCAAGACGAACGCGUUCGACAUCAGCGUGCCGCUGGACUUGGGGAGGCAGUGCUGGCUAGCCCGCUGUCUGGAGGUGGCGGUGCGCAGCCGCGGCCCGGGCAGUUCGCUCCUCGGCCUCGUGCGCGCGGACUUCGCCGCAGCCUUCAAGACGGUCUUGAAAGGAGUUGGUGCCUCGGUGCUGCGGGGCGCCCUCUACUCGCUCCGCCAUGGCGGCGCCAGCCACGACCGGAGCAUGGGCGCCAGGUCCGUGGCCGCCGCGCAGCAGCGCGGCGGGUGGCGCGCGUUCCGGGGCGUCGCGCGCUACGAGAAGCGCGGCCGCCUGGGCCUCGAGCCGCAGAAGUUGGGGCCAGCGCGCUUGGCGCUGCCCCGGCAGAGGUCGGCUGGUACCGAGCUCGCCUUCGAGAGGUACUUCGGGCUGCGCU